AUGAGUAGAUCAGUUAAUGUUGCCAUCAUUGGUUCCGGUGUUGUCGGUUCCGCAUUCAUCAAUCAAUUGAACAAUUUAAAAUCCAAAAUCGUAUACAACGUCGUCUAUUUAGCUAAGAAUACUGAAGAAGCAAUUUUUUCUCCAGACUACUCAACAGUGGACUUAUCAACUUAUGCCACUACUUCUACUGGCAAGCCAUUAUCACUUGACGAUUUAGUCAAAUACCUCAAGGCUAGUGGCAAGCCAACUAUCCUUGUUGAUAAUACAUCCAGCGCAGCAAUUGGGAGCCACUAUCCUGAAUUUAUCAGAAACGGAAUCUCAAUCGCCACACCCAACAAGAAGGCCUUCUCAUCUGACUUGGCUCAAUGGAAGGACAUUUUCACUAGCGAAGAACAACCAGGUGCCGGUUUAGUAUACCAUGAAGCUACUGUUGGUGCCGCCUUACCAAUUCUUGGACCAUUACGUGAUUUAAUACACACUGGUGAUCGUGUAUUAAAGAUUGAAGGAAUCUUUUCUGGUACUUUAUCUUAUAUCUUCAAUGAAUUUUCCAGUUCUUCCCCAUCCGAUGUUAAAUUCUCCGAUGUUGUCAAAGUGGCAAAACAAUUGGGAUAUACCGAACCUGAUCCUCGUGACGACUUGAACGGGUUAGAUGUUGCAAGAAAAGUCACUAUCCUUGCUAGAAUCGCGGGCUUUGAAGUUGCAUCCCCUUCUUCAUUCCCGGUUCACUCUUUGAUUCCAAAGGAGUUAGAAGGAGUACAAAGCGUAGCUGAAUUCAUGGAAAAGUUACCUAACUACGAUGGUGAUAUUCAAAAAGUCAAGGAUGAAGCCUUAGCUGAAGGUAAAGUAUUGAGAUUUGUUGGAAAGGUUGAUUUUGAAACUAACCAAGUAUCGGUUGGUAUUGAGAAAUAUGGCUUCGACCAUCCAUUUGCAUCCUUGAAGGGUAGUGAUAAUGUUGUUUCUAUCAAGACUGAUAGAUAUGCUAAUCCAUUAAUUAUCCAAGGUGCCGGUGCUGGUGCUGAAAUCACUGCUCAUGGUGUUUUAUCUGACGCAGUUAAGAUUGCUGAAAGAAUUGCUGUUUAA